AUGGAGGCGGCUGCACCGUGCGAGGAACGCCAAGCGGACCUGCGCGAUGAAUUGGAUGCCAGUGUCGAGUGCGGGUCGGGAUACAUCUGUCUUUUCGGCCCACCGAGCAGCGGUAAAACGACGCUGCUUUUGCAGUACCUCACAGCACGUGAGCAGCACGUCCUUAGCAUGGAAAAGUCGUUUCAUCUCGAGUACGUGAGCGGCAGGGCGCUCGAUGGCGACCCGCUGCAGCGACUGACGUGGCGCCUCCAGCCGCCCACGAAGCGGCGGCGCACAGAGUGCUCGCUGCUGCAGUUCGGGUCUCUGGUGCAAUUGUGGCUGGGCUCCGCGCCGGAGGGCAGUGAGCUCCACUUGGUACUCGAUGACGCCGACGUGUUGGAGGAGGACGCGGCCGACAUCAACCACUGGCUCUCGGGGUGCCUUGUGGUGGGUUCACAGGAGCGCAGCCGUAGCAUUGUCUGUCUCUGGAUCGUCACACAAAUGCCACUGCGGCUCUCAAACUGUUUCCGCUUCCACUUUGUGUCGAAACCUGACGCAGGGGUAGUGCGUAAAUGGCUGGAGGGUCUCUUUGUAGCCAACCGUGCGCGGAUUUCAGCCUACCCUGACUUGGAUGUCCCGCACUUCACCCUGGAACAGACCCACACAGCGGUGCUGGACGCCGUCGCGUAUUACACAACGCACCUGCCAAUGCGAGCGAGUAUUGUGGCGCAAGACCUGCGGCAGCUGCUGCAGCGCGUUUACCAGGUCCUGCCGCUUCUUGUGCCACACUAUGCGGGUGGGCGGCCAAACGCCAUGCACCACUCCGCUGCAUGGGGAAGGCGACGGGAGUUUGCGGUGGCAGCGGAGCAGGGCGGUGACCCGCUGGUGGCAGCGCUGCGGCGAAUCGGGUACUCGGCUAUGUUGUGGACAGUGAGCGUGUUUUACUGCGGUGCUGUCCCAAAGUCGAAGCAUGCGUUUGUGUUCAACGAACAGGGGUUGCAACAACGCACGAAAUCGGCAGGAACAAACGCCACGUCGCAUAAAGCCGCUGUUUUGUCUUCAUCAGCGCAUCUCGUGCACCUGCCACGCCUAAUGUUGGUGUACAACGCCCUGCUGAGGAUCUGCAUCCACCACGUGGACCCACUGGAAUUCGCACCAGCAGAGACGGCAGUGCAACACCACCAGACAUUGCUCUCGUGGGGCCUUGUAGUUGCAUCCUCGCACAAUGUCAAGGCCUACCACUGCCACAUUCCUGUCACGUCGGCAGUUGGAUUGUCAAAGUUGCUGUCGCUGAGUCUCUAUGACCUCAUUCCUCGCUGA